GAUUCAUAACUAAGGAAAGGAAAUUUCUCAAGGAUUUUCAUUGCUAAGCUAAGGCAAAUCCCAAAGCCAUAACAAAUACAAUCUCUCGUACCCAACCGCCCACCGCCCACCGCCACCAAUGGUUCCGCCGUCGUCAACACCGCCGCCAAACCCCCAACAAAUCCAACAAUUCCUCUCCUCCGUCCUCUCCCAACGCGGCCCUUCCGCCCUCCCUUACUCCGAAGACACCAAAUGGCUAAUUCGUCAACAACUCGUUUCCCUCAUCUCCAACUACCCUUCCCUCGAACCCAAGACCGCCACUUUUACCCAUAACGACGGCCGAUCCGUUAACCUCCUCCAAGCCGACGGCACCAUCCCUAUGCCUUUCCAAGGCGUCACUUACAACAUCCCCAUCGUUAUCUGGCUCAUGGAAUCUUACCCUCGUUACGCCCCCGCCGUCUACGUCAAUCCCACGCGCGACAUGAUCAUCAAACGACCCCAUCCUCAUGUUUCCCCUUCUGGGUUAGUUUCGAUUCCUUAUUUGCAUAAUUGGAUUUACCCAAGUUCUAAUCUUGUCGAUUUAGUCCUUCAUUUAAGCUCUGCUUUUUCUCGUGAUCCGCCUCUUUAUUCGCAACGCCGCCCCAAUCCUAACCCUAGCCCUAGCCCCAGCCCUAACCCUUCGAUUAAUUCCUCCAUGACGUCUACUUAUGGGCAACAUCCACCGCCGCCAGGACCUAGGGUGGCUGCUACGGCCGCGGCGGCAGGAUAUCCCCCAUCACCUUAUGGGAGGGUACAGCAUCCACAGCAUUCGCAAGCUCGUCCUACUUCCACGGAUGAUGCCGCCGAGGUUUAUAAGAGGAACGCAAUGAAUAAGUUGGUGGAGAUGGUUCAUGGGGAUAUAAUUGGGAUGAGAAAAGCAAGGGAAGUGGAAAUGGAAGGAAUGUUUUCGGCUCAAGCUGUUUUAAGAAGGCGAGAGGAAGAGAUUAAUAAAGGGUUGAAAGAGAUGCAAGAUGAAAAAGAAGGUUUAGAACAACAAUUACAGGUUGUUUUGAUGAAUGCAGAUGUGUUGGAUAGUUGGAUUAGAGAUAAUGAAGGGAAAAUAAAGAACUUAGGGAAGAAGAAUAAUAAUGUAGAUGUUGAUGAAGCGAUUCAUUGUGUCGAUGUUCUUUCUAAACAAGUCUUGGAUUCCACAGCUGCUGAUUUAGCUAUCGAAGAUGUGGUUUAUUCCUUGGAUAAGGCAGUGCAAGAUGGGGUUGUGCCAUUUGAUCAGUAUUUGAGGAAUGUGAGAUUGUUGUCAAGGGAGCAGUUCUUCCAUAGGGCUACUGCCUCCAAAGUUAAGGAAGCUCAAAUGCAGGCUCAGGUGGCAAAUAUGGCUGCUAGAAUAUCGCAUUUCGUUUCAUGACUGGUUAUUGUUCUGUUUCAGAUUUGUCUAUAUAAAGGAUCAUGCAAUUCGAGGUUGCACCUUUAUUUCAAAGGCCUAACGAGCGAAGGAUUAACUUCGUACAGGUCUAAUAAUGACUACAAUAGGUUUUAUCUGUUCUUUUCUCCUCAUCCCUUGACCUGAUUGUCAUGUAAAUGGAUGGAUCCCUUAUUUAAUUGUCACUUGUUGUUUACUUUGUCUCGGCUGACUGGCAUAUUCUAUGAACUAUCAGUUUCAUGAUGUAUUAGUUUUAUGGCUAAACUUUCAACCACUUAUUCACCCCCA